AUGGUGGCUAAAUCGGUGAAAGUUAUAGCACAGACCGAUCUUGUUAAGUACAUGCUAAGUUUCUCUAUGUUAAGGGGACGUUUGGAAAAAUGGAUGUUAGCAUUAACGGAAUUCGAUUUACAGUAUGUCCCAGCAAAGGCUGUUAAAGGACAAGUUAUUGCAGAUUUUCUUGUAGACAAUUCGAAAGAUCUGAAUGACCAGUGGGCAAAUAUAGUCGAUGUAGAAGUCAAUUAUUGGAAAUUGUAUUUCGAUGGAUCUAAGCACAAAGAUGGUGCGGGAGUUGGAAUUCUUAUUAUCUCACCAGAGGGUAUUCCAUCAGAAUUCUUGUUCGAAUUAAAAUAUCCUUGUUCCCAUAAUGUAGCCGAAUAUGAGGCUUUAAUUUUGGGUUUAGAAAUUUUAAUCGAUAAAGGAGCUUUAAAAGUUCAAAUUCUAGGAGAUUCACAGUUAGUUUUAAAGCAGUUGUCGAAGGAGUUUAAAUGUAAUAAUGAGACGUUACAAAAAUAUUUAGUAACUGCUUGGGAGUUAUUGACGUCUUUUCGAAAAUUUUCUUUGGUGCAUAUCCCUCGAAUUCAUAAUGAGAUUGCUAAUGAGUUAGCCCAAAUUGCUUCAAAGUAUCGAAUUGGUCCAGAAACUAUUAAGAAAUUAUCAAGUAUCCAUCAAAUUUUAGUACUGGCAAAUGAGAGAGAAGUGUUGUGCAUAGAUGAAUGGGAGGAUUUUGAUUGGAGAAAACCUAUUGCUCAAUAUUUGAAAGAUCCUAAUACCGCAGUCGAUAGAAAACUAAAGUUACGAGCAAUGAACUUCGUUUUAUUAGCCGAUGAAUUAUAUAAAAAGGGUAUCGAUGGGAGUUUGUUGAGAUGUUUGAGUCGGGAAGAUCAAAACAUUGCUUUGGGUGAAGUUCAUAAUGGAAUAUGUGGUGCUCAUCAAGCAGGAAAGAAAAUGAGAUGGGUGUUAUAUCACAAUCAUGUAUUCUGGCCUUCUAUGAUAAAAGAUUGUAUCGAUUAUGCAAAGGCAUGUCAAGAAUGUCAGAAACAUGGUUCGAUACAACAGAUUCCAGCAGCUGAACUGCAUUCGAUAAUCAAGCCAUGGCCAUUUAGAGUUCCUUUGGUAGAAGUUGGUCAGACAAAGAUAAUUGAUUUUGUCGAAGAAAAUAUUAUUCAUCGAUUUGGAAUUCCUCAGACGUUAAGUACCGACCAAGGAACUAUGUUCACUGGCCAGCGAAUUAAAAAUUUUUCGGCUUCGAGAAACAUUAGUAAAAAUUUUGCGGCUUCGAGAAAUAUUAGUAUGGUUACUUCAACUCCUUAUUAUGCACAAGCUAAUGGGCAAGUGGAGGCAGCAAACAAGAUACUGAUUGGUUUGAUUAAAAAGUAUAUCGGAAAUAAGUCUCGAACUUGGCAUGAGACUUUAAGUCAAGUAUUAUGGGCUUAUCGAAACUCACCAAGAGGUUCGACAGGAACUUCACCUUAUAAAUUAGUAUAUGGCCAUGAUGCAGUAUUGCCAUUAGAAAUUAAUUUGAAUACUCUAAGAGUAUCGAAACAGAAUGAGUUGCCAGUCGAUGACUAUUGGAAUGCCAUGUUUGAUGAAUUGAAUGAGUUAGAUUGA